GGUUAAAUGCUAAAUUUGGUCCCUCAACUUUAGUGAGUUGCACAUUUUUUAUCCCUCAACAAUUUUUUGCACUUUUUUGAUCCCUCAACUCUAAGAAAUGCACUCCGUUAGUCCUUCUGUUAAUUUCGAUCGUUAACUCGCUUAUGUGAAAUGGAUGAUUCUAUUGAAUGUGGUAUAUACUUGAAUUAUGGGGGCAAAUUUGUUAGGGACCCAACAAUUUAAAAUUGUGCAAAAGGAAGAACUGAAGAAGAUGUGAUCAGUGGUGAUGAGUAUAUUGAUGUUCCAUGGUUAACCGACAAAGAGGAUGAGGAGUGGCAAGCAACAAGGAUUCAAUACAAGGAUAGUGUUAAGUUAUAUGGAGAUGAUGCUGAUAUAGAUGGGGCUUUAUUUAAUCCAACUGAAGCAUUUGUAGAUGAUGGCCUUAGUGAUUCAAUUGAUUAUAAUGAUGAGGUCAACUUUGUUACAACUAGUGAUGAUAGUGAGGCAGAGGAAGCAAGAAGAAGGUGAUCACUGCACAAGGUGUUCAAUGACUCCAUUGUCAAUCCAGAGUUUGAAGUAGGAAUGAUUUUUUUGAGUAGGAAGCAAUUUAAAGAUGUUGUUGUAGCAAACUUUAUCUAUGUGAAAAGAGAAACAAUCUCGAAGAAUAAUGAUAAAAAAAAAAAAAAAAGAGUAAGGGUUGUAUGUGCAAAUAACAGUUGCAAUUGGGC